AGAUGUAUAUAAAGCUUUGCAUCGCUCUUGUUUGGCAGGAGAGAGCGUGUUGGCGGCAGUCUAAGUCAAGAACAUCUUCGAGCAGCUAGUUGAAACCACAGUAAUGGGAUCUUUGAUUAGCAAAGUUAGCAAGAAAAAAUCCGAAAUGGCCUCUACUCCCGUCCCGAUGUCCUACUACGCGAAAGCGUCGAGCGUCAAGCCGCCACUGAUCGCUAACGAGAAUGCUUUUCUCGGAGAUGUCUCCUCGUCCGACAAGCUCGACCCCGAGAAGCCCAUAUCAGCUGGAUUCUACCGACUUGAGAAGGGAACUCCACUGGUAUAUGCGUACCACUAUCACGAGAUGAAAAUCAUCAUCGAGGGUAGCUUCGACAUCAGUGACGAGACAGGCAACAAGGUGCACGCAGUUCCUGGCGACGUCUUUUACUUUCCCAAGGGCUCAAAGAUCACCUUCACAACGGAAGAUUACGGACUCGCCUUCUACACCGGACAACGAAAGGCAGAUGACGCAUAAAUGAAUACAUGUAAAAUAAAUCAGGAUGAAUAUGCGGGAUGAAAAAUGGCCUAUUCAAAGGCUAGUUUGUCUAUUCAUACCAAUUGUAUAUAGUUAAUGAAGAUAUACCCUCUACCUGAGCUUUUGUUGGUUGCCGAACGGCUUCAAGACGAUCGAGCUAGAUCCAAUGAUCAGCGAAUAAGAUGUACAAAUGUAACCCUAAAGCCCAUAUGACGUGAUGAAAUAUAGGCAAGGGGAAAACUUUUGAAGUCGAUCUACUCUUGCCUUGUAUCCUAACUAUCAUUUAGAAUAAGUUAGUAGGUUAUUAGAUUGCAAGAGAUGAUAAAUCGAGUCACCGAGCUUGAUGUGGAAUUCCAUAAUGCACCUAUAGUCACCAGAUCACGAUAUUGCCUUCUCAAUCCUGGCAUGUUUCAGAUUCGAGAGUCGGAUGAAUUGGAUGGUCACUUUUUAGGAGCCGUCGCGCAUUUAACCUGUCCUGCCAAACACGCGAUCUAUCGUAGACUUCGGUAGAGCAUACACCGGGUCAAUGUAUUCCACAUCGGGAUAUUUUAGCAAGCUUAGACCUGUCAGGCCAAAGAAGGUGUGCCAGAUGUCGACCAUAUUACCGGGCCGGUCUGACAGGCCACCAUUUUCGGUGUCUUGGCAGCU